AUGGCUGAGGUCGAUCACGAUGUGGCGGCGGCGGCGACGCGCUUGCCGGACAGUCCCCAGGCGGGCUCGGCCGCGGUGCGUUCGGAACAGAAAGACGGGCGGGGUCAAAGGGGAAGCAGUGAUGGUGCGCACGAUGCUCGUGCACUGCCCGGCCUGAACAGUGAGCAAAGAGACGAUGUGUCAGGAUUGACUGACGAUAACAGCAUGAAGGCCAAUGCCCAUGCCCCGCUCUCGGCCGUGCGCCUGGCCCACCAGCCAAUGCCAACCCCUGCCAUCGAAGCUGAAGACAUUGAAAUCUCCGUACACACGCCUCUCAAACAUGAUGGACACGUGGUCUACACCGUGACGACCAAGGUAUUCAUCACAGCCACCCCGAAACUUUAUAUCUGGUUGCGCGAACAAAUGUGCUUCCAACAACGAGGCUACAUCAUCCCACCUCUACCGCCCAAACACAACACCACCUUGAACAAGUUUGACCCCGCGUUCUUGGAAACUCGCCGCCAUGGCCUGGAGCGGGCCUUCUUGACCCUGCGUUCACAUGAGCUUAUGACGUUUCAGAAGGAAAAGGAACGUCGCGGCAUGGACAAACUCCGCGAAUCCAUCAAUUCAAUGGUCUCUAGGAUGAAGGGCGUUUCGGCUGCUUUGCAAGACUACAGCCUGGCCACAGCCAAUGCCAUGCAGAGCAUGGGCGAGCUGGCCGUCGGAUUUGAGGCUAUGCGUGAGAGUGAUCCAGAGCUGAAGACUGUCGUUGAAUGCCUUGCGCAAGCCCUAUCGGGCACCAAAACCGAGAGCAUGGCCACUCUCAAAAUCAUCAAGGCAGAAGUCGUCGAACCGCUGCAAGAUUAUCUCGAGUAUCCCGCCGCUGUCAUGCAGACGCUGCGAUACCGGGAGGUCAUGCAAGCCCAUCAUGACGAUAUUGCCGUCGAGCUUGAGCAGCGCACUCAAGAAUUGGCCAGGGAGAAGGAACCUUCGACCAAACCCUCUUCCUUCUCUGUCAUGUUCAGCCAAAAGUCGCCCGAGCAAGUCAAGCAGGAGCGUGUUGAACAGUUGCAAGAGCAAGUCGAUCAGUUGCACACACAAACUGAACGGGCUUGGACCGAAAGUACAAAGAUUGACGGCCAUGUUAUUGCGCAGUACACCAAAUUUGAAGAAGACAAAGAUCGAGAUAUUCGAUCACGCCUGCAGCACUGGGCUGCGCUAGAGCGCCAACGGCAUGAGAAGGUGUGCGAUAUGUGGAGCGAGUGCAUCGGCAGCCUGGAGGCCGCUCUUGAAGCAGAGAACCCUUGAUUGGUGCCCAAUGCUGCCGCGUGCGACUCGACAGCUUCCUUGUUGAUAUGUUGCGUGUUCCCCUGGCCCCGGUCAGGCCUGGUUGUAC